AUGACUGUUCGCGUUGCCAUGGCGAUGCAGUCUGAUCAACCUCAUAUAGCUCUCCUCCCCAGUGCUGGAAUGGGCCAUCUCACACCCUUCCUUCGCCUCGCCACGCUGCUCGUCCGCCAACACUACCGUGUCACCCUCAUCACCACGCAUCCCACCGUUUCACUUGCCGAGUCUCGUCAUGUCUCCCGAUUCCUCUCUGCUUUCCCUCAAGUCACUCAGCUGCCAUUCCAUCUCCUCCCUUUGGAUCCUUCCACCGCCAACUCCACCGACCCUUUCUAUCUCCAGUUUGAAACAAUACGUCGUUCAGCUCACCUUCUCUCCCCUCUCCCCGCAACGCUUUCACCUCCUCUCCAUGCCCUCAUCUCUGAUGUCAGUUUGAUUUCUUCUGUCAUUCCGGUGGCUGAAACCUUGCAUCUCCCUAACUACCUCCUCUUCACGUCAUCGGCCAGAAUGUUGCUUUUCUUCUCAUACUUCCCAACCUUUGCAUCCAAAGCUGGUGAUGAUCCUGCCAAGUUUGGUGAUGUUAAAAUUCCAGGUUUUACGCCAAUACCAAGAUCGUCAUUCCCUCCUUUGCUUCUUAUCCCAGACAAUCUCUUUGGUAAAAUAUUCAGGGAAGACGGUCGUGAAGUUAAUAAAUUAAAUGGGUUUUUGGUCAAUACCUUUGAAGGACUUGAAGCAGAGUCACUAGAGACGCUUAAUGGUGGAAAAGUACUCAAGGGCUUGCCCUCUGUAUUUCCGGUCGGACCUUUCCCGCCGUGCGAGUUUGAGAGAGAAGAUUGUGGCGAUCAGUUGAAGUGGCUCGAUGAGCAGCCAGCAGGGUCGGUGGUCUAUGUUAGCUAUGGGAGUCGGACAGCAAUGUCCAGGGAUCAAAUAAGAGAGGUAGGAGAUGGGCUAAUUAAAAGUUGGUGUAGGUUCUUGUGGGUGGUAAAGGACAAGAAAGUUGACAAGGAGGAAGAAGAGGGCUUGGACGAGGUCGUGGGGCUGGAGCUAAUGGAGAGAAUGAAGGCAAAGGGAUUGGUGGUGAAGAAAUGGGUGGACCAAGCACAAAUACUUGGUCACAGUUCUGUGGGAGGAUUUGUGAGCCAUUGCGGGUGGAACUCAGUGAUAGAGGCUGCUUGGCAUGGCGUGCCAAUUUUAGCCUGGCCCCAAAUUGGGGAUCAGAAGAUUAAUGCAGAGCUGGUGGAGGUGAGUGGGCUUGGCAUGUGGGUGACGAGUUGGGGUUGGGCUGAAGAGGUUGUGGUAAAGGGGGAUGAAAUUGGAGAGAGAAUUAGAGAGAUGAUGGGGAGUGAAUUGUUGAGAGGGCAGGCUGCGCGCAUCAGAGAAGAGGCAAGGAAAGCUUUUGGAGAUGGUGGAAGCGUUGGAAUAACAUUUAAGCAACUUAUUGAAGAGUGGAAGGCGAGCAAUGAGAGCAUUUAAGGGCCAUGGCCAUGGAGCUUCUGAUUAAUUGUAACCUGUUGAAGUGUAAACAAGUGCUGGGAUUAUUCCGCAUCUGCCUUUCGGAGUUGUAGAGAAUCCCAGUCGAUUAUGCUUUCAAGUCAUUGCAUUUAUCUCCCCUUUAAGAAAGAAUUGUUCCUAGGAAAUGUUGGUCCAUUUGAAUUGAGUACGGAUGCGGUGUCUUAAACUCAUGGUAUCAUAAUUCCGGUUAAUCUAUAUCUUUUGAAUAUCGAAUUCAAAUUGUUUUC